CCAGUUCAGUCGGUCAAAAUUUAGUCCAUAGUUUGGAAUCAAUUUGGGAUUUAGUUCAGAAAAUGGAGAAAUCUAACAAAUCUGAAUGUUUAAGUGUAAAACCCAGAUUAGUGGUUGAAGAACCAGUAAAAAGUAAAGAGGAAACAAUCAGUGAAUUAUUUCAACAGUUACGCGAUUACUACUAUCAAGCUAACGAGACCAAAAGACUUGAAACCCGUCUGAACAGAAUUGAAGCACAAGUGAAUGAACAAGUCAAAGUUUUGAAGUGUGAACUAGAAAAAGCCAUAGAAAGAAAUGAACAGUUACAAGAUAGAAUAUUCGAACUCGAAGCUAGGCAAGAAGAUUUAGAGGGUGUUCAAGUUUAUCGCCGUCUGCGUCGUCCACGUUAUCAUGAACGAGAAAUCAACGUUAGAGUAGAAUUUCACAGUGGUUUGAUAGGCCAGGCAGCAGAAAGACAACCAAAUUUAGACAUAAUGGUUACCCAAGAUACCAAAUUAUCCACCAUUUUGAACAGUGUUAAAACCACAUUAUCGAUAGCAGACGACACCAUAUUAACUGUGAGGUAUCAAGAACAAAUCCAAGAUGAAGAUAAAUCUAUUUGUGAUCUAGGAAUAAUAAAUGACUCUAUUUUAGUUGUAUCUACAUCAGAAUUAGAUGAGAUUGUUUGUUGAUGAUUUGAAGUGUGAUUAAAUGUGCAAUUUUUGGUAAUUUUCCUUUGAUCUUGAAGUCUGAUAGUUUAUUGUAAGGGAGAUUUUUGAAGGAAAUUAUAUCUAAUUGGAUAUUGAGAUUGUUCUCUACAAUAAUGGCAUACAACCUUUCCUUCCCUCAAAGGUAUUUUGCAGCAUGCUCUGAGGAUAUAAAUUCCAAACCCCUUUGUCUACAACAUUCACUCCCAGUUUCGUAAAUCUUUGUGAUAUUAAUAAUCUGUGCGCCAUACAUGAACAAAAAUGAAAGAAUUUAACACAUUACCUGUAAUCUUAUUUAGGGUUUUAUGAGAUCGCAUUUUGUAGAAUUGAGAUAUCAAUACCUAAAUACUAGUGAUUGUCUUUAGAUUGAUAAAAAUGAAAACCAAUAAUAAAAUUAUUUGGAAAUAUAAUUUUACAGAGGAGAACUUUCGGUUCAAAGUGCGGGUUAUUUUCAUGAGAAAUGCUGACAUCUAUUUUGUACUGAUUAUUCUAUAUAUUAACUGUUGAUUUUUUUUGAUACAUGUUUAACUAAAAUGUGAUUGUGUAAAUUUUUGAUUUAUUGUUAAUAAAUCAAAGUUUGAUUUGUAUUUU